AUGAAACGACAAAAAGCCCGGGCCGGCUGUGGGUCAUGGGAGAGAUGGCAGGGGCCCCAGGGUGCUUCCGAGGCGCCGUCCUUGGACUCCCGGACGACGAGCAGCCUUUUCACAACCUCGAUUUGGCCAACAGACAGUCUACAAACAGCCUGUGGGGGAAGAAAGUGGAACGAGCACAAUUCUGCACAUCUUCAUCCCCACACGCAUAUCACUGCCUGUGAUCACAAUGCCAAUACAGAGCACUACGGAGUACGGAGGACACCCGGUGCGAAUCUAUCGGACCUACAUCCGCGUAGGCUGUCCCAACCGGGUCCGUCGAGAUAUUAUUCGAUGGCAUACGGGCCAAUGCGGAAGCACGGAGUAUCAUGGGCUAUAUCAAGGCUACAUUCAUGGUAA